AUGCCUUUGGCCCAGAUCCGGGAGUCUCGCGAUACCCUUUCUCGAUUCGCCAAUGAUAUUAGUGCACCACCAAAUCUAGCCAAACACUAAACACAAAAAAAACCGAAAGAUGUAUCCACAGGCGAAUCAAGAGGGUACCUAAUUUGCCCACAAAGGUGCUUCUCAAAAUGGAUCGCAAAGGCCCCAUAAUAUGCCCAUCUUGAGAUCACAGGCAUACCUUUUAGCUAUAUCUGAGCCAUCUCGGAGGUACUUUAGAGUCUCUCUUAACCCCCUCUUAUUUUGCUCAAAAACCUCAGAGGUAUACUCGAGGUACCAUCGUGAGACUUCAGAGCCUGCGAUAUACCUCAGAGGGUCUUACGAUACCCUUUCUCGAUCCGCCUAUGUAGUGAAAUUCGAACAAAAAAACUUUGAAACACGCGCGUCGCGAACUUCGAAAAUAUGAACUUUGCGUCAAAUCUGAUGUCCCUUUGAACCAGUUUUCAUUUUUUUUUUCUUUCGCUAGAAGAUUACUUUGAUCGUAUAUAUUUAUAAAUUAAAAAAAACCUCGUGAGAGAGCUCUCCGAGAGAGAAAAUUAAUGCGUGCAAGUGACUUUGAUAUUGCGCGCAACUUGCCAUAGACACAAUCUAAACCACGCCCAUCUGCUUCUCGCAAAUUUUUUUUUUCAACUGUGCGAAAAGUUGAAAAAAAGCUUCCAUUUUUAUUUUUAUCAAAUGCAUGUGUUUCAAUUCACUUCGCUUUCUUUUUUGUAUAUACAGCUCGACUGUUCUGCAAAAGCAAUGAAAUUAGAAAAUGUUAUCCCCGAAAAAUCAGAACCUUGAUAAAUCAAACAAUGUAGGGUUUUCACUAUUUUUUUUUUUGAUUAACUGCGUUGCGCAAAAAGGGCUCAGAAUUCAUUCGGAACGGAGCAGCAGUAGUAAGGUAUUUUUUUAAAUUAUUAUUAGAAGUAGUCACUCGAUUCGAGCUUUUUUUCAUUCAGCUGUUUUUCGCUGAAAUCAGUGAGCGCUCAAAGAGAAGCGAUGUUCUUCACAUGCGCAAUAACAUUAAGGUGAUUCUCACAGAAAAUGAAAAAUUCUUAUAAUCUGUUUAGGGUCACGCUAAACGCCGUCUAGUUUGUGGAGUGCAUGAAAAUUUGACGCAUUUCAACGCUAUGAACGUACGAGCCGUUGUAUUUGCAUCGAAUAUUGACGAUAGAGACCAAAAAAGUAUGUUUUUUUCGGUGGUAUGAAAAAAACACCGGCGAAAAUUCAAACGGCGACUUUUCCGAUUGUUUCAUAUCGCUAGGGAACUUUCCGACGGCCACCUUUCCGACGAAACUUUUUCCGACUUUUUUUUCUCGAUAAACUCUUCGUUUUACAUCUUCCUAUAUAAAGUAGGUAGUUUUUUUCAUAAUUAAAAACACAAAGAAAUAGGGAAAAAAAUGUUCAUAGAUGUUUUAUAAACCGAAAAGCAUAAGGGAAAAAAGUCGGAAAAAGUUUCGUCGGAAAGGUGGCCGUCGGAAAGUUCCCUAGCGAAAUGAAAAAAUCGGAAAAGUCGCCGUUUGAAUUUUCGCUGGUGUUUUUUUCAUACCACCUUUUUUUCGACAUUUCGGUCUUUUUAAAGUUUUUAGUGAUGGUAAAUUUCCAAAUUCUAAGAAGGAAAUGUAUUGAAGAACGCAUUCCUUUCAUUCGUGCCGCAACUAAACGCACUCUGAGCAGAUGUGUGCAAAAGUUCCCCUACAUUUCUCUCAUCGGUGUCUUGGAUUUCCAAGGGUUUGAGGUUUUCGAAAAACUACUUCUUAGUAUAUGAUUUUUUGAGGAUUCCUUCGAUGAAGUCGUCAAAGAAUGGAAAUCACAUUCCUCGCAUAUUGAGUAUCAUCUCGAUCAAAAAUCGCUCAUUGCUUGAGAAAUAUAUCGUUUUUUGAUUGUACAUACGUGAAAAUUAUUUAAAUUAAUUCAUAUUGAGAAACUUUCGAACCCGAAACAUCAUCGAGUGAUUUUUUUUGUGUUUAUUCAAUAAAUUCCUACUGAAUUUUUUCUCCUUCAUUUUAAGUUCACGGUCGGUUACGCCGUUAUCUUUCUGUUUUCACUUUUCGAGUUUUUCUUUUCAUUUCACAAAUUAUGACAUUCAUAACUGCACGUUUACAUUUUUUUCAAGUGUGUAACUGUUUUAAUAAGCACGCGAUAGCAUAGUUAAUUAUUUUUUUUGUAGUUAUUUAUGAGCUUUCAGAUAUUGCAUUACAAUGAAGCAUGUUUGCUUUUGAUAACAAUAACUUGUCCAAUUUACUUACCCUGCAUGUUUCUCCAGCUCCACUUGUCGUCCUGUUUAAGAAGCCGUGCUCUCUCAGGAGCUCGGUGGAUGCUUGCCAGAAGUCCGCGGCUGUUCAAUAGACUGAUCGUGCCAGUUCUGGCCACAAGUCCCUUGCUCAUUGCUUCUUCUUCUUCUUCUUUUCAUCGUUCCGCGUUUCUUCCGCUCGAGAUGGGCUCUGCGAUCUCAUCACUCUCCUCUAGGCCAUACUCCAGCCACGUCGAGAUGAAUAACGGCGAUCCAGAAGUUGUUCCUGCCAAGGGCAGCCAUACAUCCACGGUUCAUCUUUUCCUCUCUUUCUUAUUCGAACGACGGUCUUAGGUAAUCUUUCUUCACGGACUCGGAGACCAAGGUCACGGCUGGGCUGAAAUGUUCCGAAAUGAGUGCCGUAUUUCUUCGGUAAAGUAUAUUUGUCCACAUAGGUAAUUGGGAAUCUCUUUUUUUUUCUUAGAAAUAAAUUGUUUGCAGUUCUUCUCGCUCGGUCACCCUCAACAUGGGGAUGAGCAUGCCUGCUUGGUACGACAUUAUUGGCCUCGACGCGAAUUCUGAGGAAGACUCUGAGGGCAUUCAAAGAGCCACGCGUUAUGUUCAUGAAUUGAUCGACUCCGAAGUAAGUUUUUGAACUUUUUUAUAUGAAAUUUGGUUUGAACUUUAUUUUUCUCAAUAGAAAGAGAAGAUUAUCGAGAAAAAAACUUCAACAAUAAAUUAUCUAAUUCACGUCUUCAUUCUUUUUUUCAUUUGAGGUAGCGGCUGGAAUACCUCCUGAGAAGAUUUGCGUUGGUGGUUUCUCUAUGGGCGGAGCUUUGGCAAUUUUUCGCUGGACUGACCUAUCCUCGGAAAUUGGGCGCCAUCGUCGGACUGAGUUCUUUUUUCUUACAAAGAAAAGUCAUGCCUGGGGUUGGUGAUUCGCUUAUAAGAAUGAAGAUAUUUUUAGUGACAUUUUUUAUCGUUUUUUUUUUUUCCAGAGCCACGCAGCCAAUCUGAACACGCCUAUAUUCCUGGGCCACGGCACGAUGGACUUUUUGGUUCCUUUCCCCAUCGGCCAGAUGUCUGAACAGUUCAUCAAGAAGUUCAACCCGAACGUCGAGCUGCACUCUUACCAGAUGGCUCACAGCAGUUGCAAUGAAGUGAGUUCAUCUUUUCGUCAGAAUAAAUAUAUCAUACAAUUUUUAGGAGAUCCGCGACCUCAAAGAGUUUCUGAAAAAACAUCUGGUCUAA